UGCAUAAUAAAGUAAUUUUGAAAUGUCUGGAAAUGAUUGUUUAUGGGAAGAUCGUGACAUUCGUUUUGAUGUUUCACUUCAACAAUUAAAAAACAGACCAGGAGAGUACCUAAACUUCGCAUAUGCAUUUGUUACUCUUAUUGAGUUAUACAAUUAUACUAGGUUGUCAUAGAUAAGUUAGAGUCUGUUGAGGACACAAAAGGAAAUAAUGGUGAUAAAGGUAAAAUGUUGGUUACCAACUUGCGUAUAAUAUGGCAUUCACAUGCUAUGCCAAGAGUGAACCUUUCUAUUGGAUACAAUUGUGUGUCAAACAUCGCUGUUAAAACAGCUGUGUCUAAACUUCGAGGUCAAACAGAUGCACUUUAUGUUCUGACAAAAUGUAACAAUACCAAGUUUGAAUUUAUUUUCACAAGCCUAGUGCCUGGUAGCCCAAGACUUUUUUCAACUGUACUUUCUGUUUUUAGAGCAUAUGAAACUUCAAAGAUGUAUAGAGAAUUAAAGCUAAGAGGUGCUUUGAUUUCUAACAAACAACUGUGUUUGUUGCCACUUGAACAAAUAUAUAAUACUAUUACUGGAGUUUGGAAUCUUUCUAGUGAUCAGGGAAAUCUUGGGAUAUUUUACAUAACAAAUAUUCGCCUUGUUUGGCAUGCUAACAUGAACGAUAGUUUUAAUGUUAGUAUACCAUAUCUACAAAUGAAAUCUAUAAAAAUUAGAGACUCAAAGUUUGGGUUGGCAUUAGUAUUGGAAACAUCUCAACAAAGUGGAAAUUAUGUACUAGGCUUUAGGUUGGAUCCUCCAGAAAAACUCCAAGAAACAGUUAAAGAAAUACAAAACUUGUUCAAAGUAUUCAGUUCUUGGCCAAUUUUUGGCAUAGAAUUUGAGACAGAGCAGAAGCCUGAGCCUUUAGAAGAAUUGACUGUAGAUCCUGUCGAAGAUGAUAUUGAAAUAGUUAAUGAAAAUGUCACUUCAGAUGUGUUUGCAGCCUACUUUGCUGACAGUCAUACUGAUAACGAAAAAGAACCAUUUUUCAAUCAAGAUAUUGGCCUUGCCGUUGAAAGACUUUCUGACGGAGUGACAAUGAAAAACUUAUGGGAGGUCAUGCCAUCCGAAUAAUAAAGAUAGUAAUAAAGAUGAAAAAUAAAAAACCGAUCUAUUUAAGAGCAAGUUUAUGUUGCUAAAUUAUAUUAAAGUUGAAAAUGACAGAAUAUUGGUUUACUUAGGAUAGUGCGAUGUUGAGAAUAACUCAUUUGACCCUUUUUUUU